CAAAAAUAUAUUUGUAAACUUGAAAGUUGAAAAUAGUGCAAAAUAUUGACCCACAAAAAAAACCAAAGAUAGAAAAGGGAACACUUUUUGUAGUGUGUAACAUUGGUUUUUAGUAAAUCCGUCAGCUCUUCAAUUCCCACAACAACACCGUCCGCAAUGAGCCACAUCAACUCGACGGCCGGCGUUGAGAGUUCUCCGAACCACGUCGUCGGUGAUUGGUUCUCCGUGCCGGAGCUCAGACUCCGAGAACACUGGUUCACUGUUCCGCUCGACCACUCCUCCACAGAUCCCCGUGGUUCCCCUACUAUCUCCAUCUUCGCCCGCGAGGUCGUUGCUGCUGGUAAAGAAGAAAUUCAUCUACCAUAUCUGGUCUACUUACAAGGAGGGCCGGGAUUUGAAUGUCCACGGCCAACUGAAGCUAGUGGAUGGAUAAGUAAAGCCUGUGAAGAAUAUCGUGUGAUUUUAAUGGAUCAGCGAGGAACAGGCCUGUCCUCGCCCUUGACGACAUCAUCUAUGUCGCAAAUGAAUUCUGCUGAGGAGUUGGCUGAUUACUUGAAGCACUUUAGGGCGGACAGCAUCGUAUAUGAUGCUGAAUUUAUUCGCAAAUGUAUUGUUCCUGAUGCCGGCCCUUGGACUGUUUUAGGACAGAGCUUUGGAGGUUUCUGUGCAGUCACCUAUUUGAGUUUUGCUCCACAAGGAUUGAAACAAGUUCUAAUAACAGGUGGACUCCCUCCAAUCCAAAGUGGCUGCACUGCUAACCGUGUAUAUACAGCAGGAUUUGAGCUAGUAACGCUUCAGAAUGAAAAAUACUAUAAGAGGUUUCCUCAAGAUAUUAAAAUUGUCCAAGAUGUCGUUAAACACUUGGCAGAAUCUGACAGAGGAGGGGUGUGCCUUCCAUCAGGUGGCAUUCUAACACCUAGAGGAAUACAACUGCUUGGUCUCUUUGGUUUAGGAUCCAGUACUGGUUUUGAACGCUUGCAUUAUAUGUUUGAGAGGGUUUGGGAUCCGGUAAUAGUUCCAGGAACAAAAAGGAGAAUCAGCUACUGCUUCUUAAAUGCUUACGAAAGAUGGCUGCCAUUUGAUACAAAUCCCUUAUAUGCAAUACUGCAAGAGUCAUUAUAUUGCCAGGGUUCUGCGUCAGAGUGGUCUGCUCACAGAAUAAGAGCUGAAACUGAGAACAAAUUUGAUGCAGUUGAGGCUGCUAAAGAAGGGCGUCCUGUGCUUUUCACUGGAGAAAUGGUAUUUCCAUGGUUAUUUGAUGAAAUUCAUGCCUUGAGGCCAUAUAAAGAAGUUGCUGAAUUGUUGGCAAAGAAGAAAGAUUGGCCUCCACUCUAUGACACUGCUAUGUUGAAGAAUAACAAGGUUCCGGUUGCUGCAGCGGUUUAUUAUGAAGACUUGUACGUCAACUGUAAACUGUCAAUGGAGACUGCAUCAGAGAUAGAAGGGAUGAGGGUGUGGGUGACAAACGAAUACAUGCACUCGGGGCUGAGAGAUGCAGGACCUCGGGUUUUGAAACACUUGCUGGGUAUGCUCAAUGGAAGGAAGCCGCUGUUUUAACCCUUUCUUCAAUCUCUUCUCACCUUUGCUCGGCGCCGAGCUGCCCUUUUUUGUAUAAAAAAAACAAGAAUCUGCAAUGAUCAUACCAAGCAUUAACUCACAUGUGUGAGAGGUGUUCUUAACCAAGCAUUAACUCACAAGUGUACUAGUCUGGUUUUGGUGAGUACUCCCUUAUUUAAGUUUUAUUUUUGGUUUUCUUUUUUAAUGUGUGUGUAAUCAAAACUCCAAACAGUCCAAUUAAAGAUAGUAGAAUGGG